CUUAAUUUCUCUGAAACUCUCGAGAAGAAGCUGAAAUCCAAGAAAAUGGCCACUGGGAUGAAGCUGCCCAUGGCCAUCAGCUUGCAGAAACCCAUGGCCAUGGCGUCUCAAUCUUCAUCGUCUUCUCUCGCGAGAGGCACCAAUUUCAGAACUGUUUGCUGUACGAACGCUACAAGCAAAGCUAAAAUACCUUUGCCUCCGAUAAACCCGAAGGAUCCAUUUCUUUCGAAGCUCGCUUCAGUAGCUUCUACCUCACCUGAAACGUUGCUGAACCGGCCUUCCAACUCUGAUUCCCCUCCGUAUUUGGAUUUGUUUGAUGCUCCUCAGCUCAUGGCUGCACCUGCGCAAGUCGAAAGAUCAGUUUCCUACAACGAGCAUAGGCCGAGGAGGCCACCGCCGGACUUGCCUUCAUUAUUACUUAAUGGAAGAAUUGUUUACAUCGGAAUGCCUUUGGUUCCAGCUGUGACGGAGCUAGUUAUUGCUGAAUUGAUGUACUUGCAAUGGAUGGACCCAAAAGAGCCAAUAUAUCUUUAUAUAAACUCCACAGGAACAACUCGUGAUGAUGGCGAAACUGUGGGGAUGGAGACAGAGGGUUUUGCUAUCUAUGAUGCUAUGAUGCAGUUAAAGAAUGAGAUACAUACAGUGGCUGUUGGAGCUGCCAUAGGUCAAGCUUGUUUAUUGCUUGCUGCAGGAAGUCAAGGCAAACGUUUUAUGAUGCCACAUGCCAAAGCCAUGAUACAGCAGCCUCGUGUCCCUUCAUCUGGUUUGAUGCCUGCUAGUGACGUCCUCAUUCGUGCAAAAGAGGUGAUAACAAACAGGGACACACUUGUGAAACUCCUAGCAAAGCACACUGGAAAUUCAUUAGAGACAGUGUCUAAUGUGAUGAGAAGACCCUUCUACAUGGACUCAACAAGAGCAAAGGAAUUCGGAGUUAUCGACAAGAUUCUCUGGCGCGGUCAGGAGAAGAUCAUGGCUGAUGUCGCUGCCCCGGAGGAAUGGGACAAAGGAGCUGGCAUCAAAGUCGCAGACGAAUUCUAGAUCCCUCUCAAAUCUACUGAUCUCCAUUCAUGUCAAUUUCUGUAGUUGCUAUUCGCACGUCGGAUUACAGAGACAACUGCAAGUUCUCAGAAAUCAUUAAAGGAAUCGUUAUCUUAUCAUGCUGAGAAGUGAGAAGUUGUCACCUCGUGGUAGCUGACUCAUGAAAGAUUAGGGCUUGUGUAAGAUUACAAAAUUUCACUCCCAAUUAAUCUUUGUUUAAAAAAAAAAAAAACUUAGGUUAGAAGGAAAAGAUGUUCGUUGAAUUCUUUCGUAGCUGUUCUAACCGUUCUGGCGAGUGAAAAUAUAAGAUACUUUCGAAGAA